AUGCCAAGAGAAUACGUAAAUGGGACAAGUGGUAGCAUUGAUGGUCAUUAUGAAGAAAAUGAGAGGGACAGUAAACCACCUUCAAAGCCAGAUGCUGAGGGUGCCUCGGAGCAGGGCUCACUGCAGAAGAAAUACAAGUUCUUCUGCAAGAUUUGUAAGAAAUCUGUUACUGAGACUCGAAUCCUUCUUCACUCUAAGAGGCAUGAAGAAAACGGUAUUUCCACCUGCCCUGUCUGCCUGAAGAAGUUUAAGAGCAGAAAAGAUUUUAUCCCACACACCAAACUACACCUUCAAAUGCCAUCCAGAAGCACUCGACAGAAGAAAAAGGACAAAAAGAGGAUUGAUUUGGAUAAAGAAAUGGAGGAGGACGACCUGGAUGACUUGGAGCCUGGUGAGAUUGCCCUUGAUCCAUCCUUAAUGCUGUACUACCAGUCCACACAUGAUCCUGAUGUUCUGGAGCACAUUUUAGAGCAAGCUUCAUCUGCACCCAGGAAGCCUGGUCAUGAGGAUAACGUCACAUUUGAUUACAUUAACGUUCAUUUUGAAUUGCAGAAUCGUGACAUAUACACAUGCCCUGCCGCUCACUGUACAAAGACUUUUAAGCAUUCCAAGUACCUGGGUGUGCACCUUAAAUCAGAGGACCAUGUUGGGGACGAGAACGUGAAACAUUAUUUUGAAAUGAGAGACCGUAGGGAAAAGUGCACUUACUGCCGGCGCCACUUCAUGUCUGCCUAUCACCACCGCAGGCAUCGGCGUGUGCACUACGGUGACCUGCCUUACAUGUGUAUGGUCACAGGUUGUGGCGCUCGUUUCAGCACCUCCAAUGAGCUUGUCGCACACAAGCAGAGCCAUGGCUUUCAACUUAGCUACCAGUGUGAGCUCAAAGGUUGUAGUCUUUCUUUCUGUGACUUGGGGCAGGUAUACCACCAUGAAGCACAGCACUUUCGUGACGCAGCAUACAGCUGCACUAGCCUUGAUUGCAAGAAGUUCUACUUUUCUAAAAAGGAAUUCGGCCGGCAUUUAGCCACACACGGCAUUACCUUCUCUGAGGAAGACUUUGAGGCACAGAGGAAGGCCAAAAGAAAACAUCUUGACUCCAUAACUGAGGAGAUAGCCAGCCCCAAAAAGUAUUGUGACACAAAGACUGUACUGGAGGAGGUAGUCAAUGGGGAAAACAAUGCUGCUUCCUCUACAUGCAGUGCCUCACACAUGUCGAGUUGCAAGGAGCCCAAGGGCACAAUGGCAUCUGUUGCUGUGUGCUUUGAUGGAAAAAAGUUCACUUGUGGUUUUGAAAGGUGUGGAUUGACCUUCUCUAAAGCCAGAGAUGUCCACCAGCACCUAAGGUGUGUUCAUCCAGAACAUUUCAAGACUGAGAAUAAGGAACGCAAAAAUCUUGUCAAAGAGAAGGGCUUGAAAUCUAAAGGUCUAAAGGUAAAAACAGAGCACAACAACGAUGACAAGAACAAACAUGAACUUGCAGCUUGUCUGCUAAUGAAGGGGUCAAGCCAGGAAAAUGCUUGCCCAUCUAUUAAGAACACAGCAAUAUCUCCCUCAAGCCUGGACAAUGACCCUUUGAGAGAGAUUUUGAUUGGGCUUAGCCAGCUUAGUUUGACUCUCUCCAGCUCUACAAAUGGAUAUUGUGAGCCCUUCCAUCCAAUCUCAGGAUCCACAUCAAAGAUAUCCUGCCAUCAGGGUCUUGGCACCAGGUCCCCAGUUGUGUUUUUGCAAAAGAGAGCGCCACCUGCUGUUGGCAAGAGGGUGAAACUGACAUCAACCACUGAACCAUCAGUACCCCACAGUCUACCCUCAGAGCAACACUUGGAUGCAGACCAGGUCAGCCCUUUUGUUUUGCAAGCCUCUACUAAACCAUACUUCUGUGAGCUUAAUGAUUGCAACUUUAGAAGUGUGACCAGCACAACUCUAAUACGCCACUACAUGAACAAGCAUAAUUUCUCAGAGAAGAAGGCGAAAGGAAUGAAGAUCCUCAAAUCACUUACAUUUAAGCCAUUUAAGUGUCACCUCUGCUUCAAAUGCCAUAGAGAGAAGACGGACUUGAGGGUUCAUUAUCUUCAGACGCAUAGACUUAGCGAGGCAGUUGUGGAGCAAAUGAGCUGUUGGUCUAAAAAGCGGGUUGAGGGUAAACCCCCAGAACCCACCAAGCCAACAGUCUCUAUAACACAACCCCCAGAACCCACCAAGCCAACAGUCGCCUUUACACAGCCCCCAGAACACACCAAGCCAACAGUCUCCUUUACACAGCCCCCAGAACACACCAAGCCAACAGUCUCCUUUACAGAACCCACCAAGCCAAGAGACUCCUUUACACAAAAAUCUCAGACCUCCACCUGGCAACACCCCUCCUGGCAGCAGAAGUACCAAAAAAAGAAAAUAAUGCGACAAAACAUUGUACAAUUUGCUAAAUCUGGAGACAAGCAUAAGAAAUGCAGUCACCCUCCAUCUUCUGUGCAGGAUCACUUUGAAGAGGAGGAACGUGAAGACGGAGGUAUGCGAAGAGGCAAGGGCGGCAUUUAUACGUGCAAGCACAAGGACUGUGGGGUGCUUUUCUCCCACGCCUCCAGUCUUUAUCGCCACCAGAAGAAGUUUCAUUCGCCGGUGAUGGGACAUCCUUCCGUGCUUUCAGAAGACCCGGCUUUACAGAAGUUUAGGUGCAGCUACGCCAACUGUAAUGCUUCUUACCUCCUGAACAGCAGCUUGGUGCGACACACAGAGAGUGAGCAUCCUAACCAGGCGACCAGUAGCUUAAAGCGUCACAGAAAGAGUGAUCAUCCUAACCAGGCGACCAGUAGCCUAAAGCGCCACAGAAAGAGUGAUCAGGCAACCAGUAGCCUAAACAGUCACCGAAAGAGUGACCAGGCGACCAGUAGCCUAAAGCGCCACAGAAAGAGUGAUCAGGCAACCAGUAGCCUAAACAGUCACAGAAAGAGUAAUCAACCUUACCAGGCGACCUUGUGCUGCAAGUAUGACGGCUGUACACAAGUGUUCACCCAAAGCAGUAGUCUGAAAAAACAUGUACUCUCUAGCCACCUCAAUUACUAUGAUUCACUCGUAUUACGUCUCCAGAAUACUCACAAGGACACGUCAGCCACUGGAUGCCAAAAGAAGCUGAUCAUCACAUCUACGCCACAGAAAGAUGCAACCAAGCUACCCCUCCGGCAAUCUCUGAGACACUGCCCGAAGUCUCCUGAAGAUGUUAAGGCUGAAGAAACUAGUGAAGAGAGAGAUGAAGAUGAUGGUGAACAUGUGUCAACUGAAAAGAAAUCCAGAAGGUUUGAAGAUAUGGUAUUCCGUUCCCAUGAGGAGGCCUUACAGAUGUGCCAAGAUCGUUGUCAACGUGAAGCCUACCCAUGCAUGGUGCAAGGUUGUGAUUCUGUAGUCAAAUUUAUACGUAGUAUGCGCCGUCACUAUUUGAAUUGCCACAAAUUAACCAAUCAGGCUUUUGAAUUGAAUGAGGAUAAGCUUGUGUUUAGUGCAGAGAAACUGGAUGAGCUGAUUCAGAGGAAUACUGUAUUAUCUGCUUGCCCUGAUAUGACGAGGGCACCUAACGGAGUUCUGAAGAUGGAGUAUCAAGCAGAGCCAGAGAACCCAGGUGGUCCAUCUGUCCCUAUGAGUCUGCACUCCAUUGAAGCAGAAACACUUGAUGAGCAUGACCCACUGGGGUUCAAAGAUGAGCCACCUGCUGAGAGGAAUGUUUUGGUGGGUGCAGAUGACUUGCUUUAUGGAGAACCUAGUGGGCACACUGAAGAGCCUGCUAUUCAGAACAGCCAAGAGGAGAGGCCAAGGCGAAAAUCCUCAAACCCGCCCGCUCUUGAUCUCUCUCCACCAUCCUCCCUCCGAUUCAGUGUUGAUGAGGGCUUCAUGGACAGUUCAGGCAAAGAUGGUGGCAAACCCACAAUAAUUUCUGUGCCAUUGCCCUCUCCUCAAGCCCGCCAGCCACUUAAACGUAAGAACGAGCUCUCUGAGCUCCCUCCCAUUCCAAAGGACCCCCAGCCUCACAGCCCUCCCCCUCGCACAUUUGACUUGGCUACUUAUAAACCUAUGGGAUUCGAGUCGUCUUUCCUGAAGUUCAUACAGGAGAGCACUAAGGAUGAUGUGAGGCCCCGGGCUUCUCACUGCAACAGCCACAGGCCUGAACCGCCCGUGGUGUCAGCUCGGCGGCGGGAUUCCUACAGACGUAACUGUUCUGUAAAGGAGAACAGCCAGAUGGGCCUCACUACUACUCGUAGCAGGCGGGCUCGAUCUUCCCCACUUCAGCCUCUUCCCAGGACAGGGGAAUACACAUCAGUCCAGAACUUGCGCCUCAUCUUAGAAAAGGCUCUGACAGGUUGUGGUGACCUAGCCAUUAAGCAGUUGCAGUACCUCAGGCCCGUGGUGGUUCUUGAGAGGCCAAUGUUUUCCACCCCCUUGCUUGACCUCUUCCCCACGAAAACUAAUGAUAAGCUACUUCUCGAAGGUUCGUAG